UCACACCGAAUUGUGCUACGGAACGACAUAGCUGUGUUAUUAUAAACGAGACAGUGAUCGUAAAAUAGUUAUAUAUCAUAUCCAAAAGAAUAACUUCGUUACUUACAAAGGCGGAUGAAUAUUUCAUGACUGAAGUAAUGUAGUUCCGGAAGCCAGGAAAAAAGCCGUGUGGGGAUUUAGUAGUGCUGUUAUCCUUUGCCAGUUUAUUUGGACCUCUAUUUUAACUCAUUUCGUUUGGCUUGGAGUAUUGUUAUCAGACAGAGAGUGUAAAGGAGUGUAAUGGUUUGGAAGUUACUCUUUCUGACGGUGGCAGUGCUCAUGUUGGGCAGCUGCACCGCCAAUUUCAAGAGAAAUCGGAGAAGUGAACGUCUUACAAGAGACUUGAUAGAUAUUGACUCUAAAGAAGAUGAUGCGGAGGUUGAACAUAAUGGAAGUGGGAACGGAGUAAUCGAUUCAGACGAUGAAGAUCUAUUUGAAGGAUCUGCCAAUGAUGACGAUGAGGAUGACAUCGAAAUAUCGGGAUCUGGCCUUGACAAAGGCUUCAUAGGUGACGACACAACACAGCCGCAAUCAACAAGACCAUUUUCAGAAUGUGAACAACUGAGAAAUUCUAUAAAAGACCCAGAUUAUGCACGAAGAAUGAAAUCAUUUGUGCCAAGAUGUACAUUGGAUGGGGCAUUUGAGCGUCUGCAGUGUCGGGGAGAACCUGGCAUAGACGAGUGUUGGUGCGUGUUCCCCAAUGGUAACCGAGUAGAGGGCACCACCAUGCACGGACCGAAAACGCCCGAUUGUCAGUUUGGAUCAACAUUAAAAAAAUGUGUAUAUUUACUCCUGAAGAACAGCUGGGGUGUCCUAGGGACGUACCGACCGCGGUGUACCAUAGACGGAGAGUUUGAGGACAUCCAGUGUUUCGAGGGCGACUGUUGGUGUGUGGAUAAUAUGGGCAUCGAGCGCCUCUACACACGUGUGCACAAGUCGAGCACGCCUGUCUGUCAAGCAACUACAGAAAAGACAACGGCAACUAUGGUAAAAUCGACCCCAGAACCUGUCAAUACUAAGACCAACAAGCCAAAGGACAAGACAGAUAGAAACAACAAAGGAUAUGUUGUCGAUCCUGACGUUCACUAUAUUGAUCCAGAAUUUGGACUUGGUUCCACACCUGGCCCAGAGCUGGAGCCUAUAUCGAAACCAAGUGAUGUAGAUGUGGAAAUAGGCGGUCCAGAUGAGACUGAAGAAGAGGAUGACCACUCAAGCAAUGACCUUUCAGCACAGAGCGAAAGUGAAAUGAAGAUUCUUACAAAACCAUUUGUUAUGGGAGCUGUGAUAGCUGGCGCUGUGGUGGGAUUGCUAGGCGCCAUUUUACUGGUGAUGUUCAUUGUGUAUCGCAUGAGAAAGAAGGACGAAGGCAGCUAUGCUCUGGAGGAACAGAAAUUCACAAACUAUUCCUACAUGAAGGCACCAGAGAAGGAGUUUUACGCGUGAGCAGACAGUUAAUUGGUAACGAGAAGGAGACAGUGGGCCUUAGCUUACAUCUCUAGUUUGGCAGAAAAAUAAAACGGGCACCAAGACGACAAAAAUCCACCGAACUCCUGUCACAUAGCAUUUCAAUUUUCGUGUAGACUUGAACAAAACUUUCUUAGAAAUGUAACAUUUUUCGAAAUUUUGCGUUUCAAUGCAAUAUGUAGAUCAAUUGAAGUGUAUGAUAUCUGUUAUGGUAUUAUUGUGAACGGGAAAAAGUUGCUGUGCCUCCGAAAAAUCUCUUGAGGAAACAGUGACAGUACCUCCGUGAGGAAAGGUCUCCGAGAAAUUAGUGACUGUCCCCUUGUUACAAGGUGUCCAUGGGAACAGUCGAAGGGUGGGAAGGGUGGGCAACUUGUUCAUACAAGAUUUUAUUUUUUAUACUAUAAUCAAUUUUUGACACCUUUUUAUUUGUAUAUUUAUUAUUAGUAUGAUAUUCGAAUCAUGGAAAGCCAGCUAGAGUUUCAUACAGUUAUGAAUUUGACAGCUGAUGUUGUUCUUUCAUCAUCUUAAGAUUAAUUUGUUCACAUCCACCGGAAAGAACAAGAAGGAAAUGUCAAUAUCACCUGGACGAUGACUUUAACCCUUUCACCACUGUAGACCAUAAUGGACCCAUCCAUAUCAAUGCAUGGUAGAGUCUACUAAAGUCACAUAGGGGUGACAUGGUUAAUUGUUACGAAGCAGCGAGACUGUGAUGUUGACCCUGCUGUAACUAUGUACAUACAACACUUUAUCAGACUUCCGUUAACAGGUAUUUUUUUCGUGUGAAAGUAUAUUUCACUAACUGCACACACAAAUAGGAUCCUAAGUGUACAUCCAUGCCGAAAGGUCAUUUAGUACAAUCCACUAUAGAUAGGAGUUAUUUUAAUGUAAUCAUGUAACAUUAUUUGAUUAUUUUGAUAUUCAUAUGAUUGAACAAUUUUCGUAUAAUUUAACAAUUUAACAAUUUUCAUAUAAUUUAAAAAAAUUAACGAUUUUUUAAGUUAAAAAUAUAUCUGAAGCUAAUCAAUGCAUAUUUUAGCAUCAUUUUGUUAUGCACUUUGUUCUCAUUAGGACUUUUAAAAUGAAGUCGGAAGUGGAGGAAAAUUUAUGUUUUUAAUAAUGUUUCAAUUUUAAUUUUUAUUUGAAAUGAAAUUGAAGAUCAAGAGCAUUUUUUUUAUAUAAUGAUAAGGUUGCAAAUGUUCACAGUACUAUUUUCCUAGUGAAUUGUUGGAUGUGUUUUAGUUUUUUACUUUCAACUGGAAAAGGUCGAAUAUCAUUUUACAUACAUCAAUACUUGGAAAUCAUUUGACUACACAACUUUUGCUAAAGUGUCCUGUCAUUUUGUCUUUUGAUUCAGGGAGAAGUGAGUAUCUAUAAUGUUAUAUGUCAUUAUUUGUUUGUAUGUAAUUGUGUCGGUACGUGAGUAUUAUGAGGCAACGUGGUGACACAUAUUGACACACUUGAUGAUUGAGAAUGCGUAUUCUUAUCUGCAGGCGAGCUGUUCGGUUGUUAUCACAUGCAAUUUGAAAUAUUUUAUACAGUGAUCCAGUGUUGAAAUGUCAGACUUUAGAAAGUUCCGAUAUUUUGUUCGUCAAGUUUGGCUGUUACACAGACUAAUACUGCUUGUUUGGCCCAGUAUAAUAAACCCCAAAAUUUUAUUUCAACACAAUUAUUCGUAAUUUGGUCCAGAUUUUUAAUCUUAUCACCUAGAUAUAUUGUAUUGGUGAUAACUGGCUAUUUGUCAAGUAUUUUUUAUCCAGUCAGAUUUUAUUCAUAUUAAGAACAUUUCAAUGUGUUUUUUAAAGGAUAAAGUUCCAAAUAAAAAUAAUGGAACUUUGAAUUCAGAUGAAUGGACUGCAGGUUGAAUAUAAAAUUCAAAUAUGUUGAUGAAUAUUUUGCAAAUUCUAAAUAAAGAAAAAUUCAAGUGUAUGCUAUUGUGUGUGUAAAAGAACACAUGAUUCUUUCUUGAUUUUUUAUUGGCUUUCUGUCGGUACCAUGUAAAAUUGUAGAUCUGCGAUUUUAACAACAUGUGAGACUGUGUGUUUUCUACGCUGCGUGCAGAUCUGACACACUGUACCUAAUGUAAAUACUUAUCCUUGAUUAGAUUACGAAAACAAUUAUACAUGAUGUAGAAGAGAGUAGAACAUGUUUGUUAUAGUAUUUUUCAUCCAUGUAAUGCCACCUCAUUAUUAAUUAUGUUGUAUAAUUUACGGUUUAUCAUAACACUAAUCAAACAUUAUGUCCCUGUUAAGGCACACGGUCACACAGAUUUUAAUUUGGUUUUGAACAUUCCAUUGACCUCGAUAGUAUUGGCCCGAAAUCUGGUCUCGAUAAUCCUUAAGACGUUUAGAACUAUAUCAAUAAAACUUGUUUGUCUGUAAAUUCUCUGAAAGUUCUGUCUUCAUUAGAGGAAACUGGUCAAGUACUUAAAUGACCAUGUUACCUGGAAUCCUCAUUGUUUGGUAGAAUAGGCCAUGAAGUAAAUCUGUAUUCAAAAAAGGCUGAAGAUCCAGCCAUAUUUUAAGUGUUGUACAUAAAAAAACAGCUUAAAAGAAUGCUCCAUUUUGUGUGUCCAGCCAUGGUAACAGUGACCAGAUUUAUCAUUUUCCUCUACUGUGUUGCCAAUUUUUCCUAGUAAUAAGACAGAUUUUUAUUUCACCCUGAAAUGACUUUUUAUUAUUAAACUGGUAGCUUUGAACCGAGUGUACAUAAAUACAAUAACAAAGUGAAUGUUAAAUCGUUUUCUGGUGCCACGACCAGGCCUUAUAUGAGGGAGUGAACUAGGAUAUCUCCUAGAUAAAUUGAACAAGGUAACAUCACAUAUAUAUAUUCUCAUGUUGUUUUGCCACUGUUAGGGAAAUUAUCAAUACAGAAUUUUCAUGUCAUACCAUACGUUUUGGUUUUAUUAUUUUUUCGUCAUCCAAGUUGUUAGUAGACGUGAGAUUUUAUCAAUGUGAGAAUGGAACAAAAGUUAAAAUGUUUCGAUUUUGAACUUUAAUCAUUAAUUCAGUUUGCACUUUUUUUGUGCAGAAUAAAGAAGUGGUUUGUUUUAUUAAGAUUGUGAAUUGCUUCAUUUUGUUGUAAAACAUUUGAUGUUUGUGAUAAAUCUGGACUUGUGGACGUCUGCUCGAUCACAGAGCGAGAUACUGUCAGUAUGCCAAACCCCAGUAAUUCAACAUUUACGCUGAACUAUCUAAAUAAAGUUGUCAAUCUUAAUUGGAUUUAACACAUCAAUUAAAUGACAUUGAAGUUAUCAUUCCACAUCCUUUGAUAAAAUCCGAAAUAACAAUGUUAACUGGAAACUUGACUGAUUUUGAUUUUGGGUCUCUGUAAGAAUGAAAUAUGGAGAAGAUGAUGCAGGAUAUUGGUUCAGUUGUACCAGAUCUUUUACUAAUUCAUUGUCUCUCGUUGGAUAAAUUUUAAUCCUUUAAAAUCGUGCCAGUACAUUUGCAGUUAUUGGAAGAAAAGUUUUAAACAUUUCUAUUCAUAGUCAACCCUUAUAUAUCCCAAUAGGGCAUCCUAAUCUUUUACAGAGACGUGCUAUUGAGACAGAUAAGGGUAGACAAGGUCUUCCUAUAAUUGUCUAUUUAUUAACAUUAUGUGUUGUCUUGUCUACCAUUGGUUUUUUCCUCGUGUCUUGUACAUUAGCCAUUAUCACCCUUUCAAUCUCUUUCAGGUUGUCUGAUUGAUCGGCAACUUGCUAGCUCAGUGGUUGAACGGGUGACAAUGAUAAACAAACCUUUUAAGACAUUGCCUUCCUAAAGCAUUAGAAAUUUUUACAAUUUCAAGUAUGUAGACCUCUUUCAAAUUUUUAUCGAUUUUAAGAAAAAAAAAGAAAAAAAUAGUAUGAUUGAAUCCUACAAUAUUACAACUAUAUAUACAAUGAAUAACCUUAAUUGAAGAUGUUCAGAAGCUGCUCGGGUGUAGAGGGGGGUUGGGGGUUGGCUAGACAAUUUUUGGUGCAAAGAACUUGGAUACAUACAUAUAUAUAAUAUAAUUUUACAGUGAACAUACGAAAUGUUUUCUAUGAACAUUUAUUAAAAUCUAUUUUCUAACAUUCAGUUAGGGUUUUAUGGAUUUUGCAAUGGAAAUUCCCCUGUCAGUCUUUAGUAUUGAUACUCCUUUAAACAUGGCCUCAGUGGCUAUAAGGGGCAACGCCUGGUGUACCUCCAAUACUGUUAAUAUAGGCCUUUAUCAAGUCUCCUUAAAACAACACAAAACAAGCAGGUUCAUCGUUUUCUGAAGAUAAAUGCCUUUGGUUUAACCAGUCAAAAGCAAUUAACGAAAGGUGCUGCGGUCACACGAAUUCCGAUCCGACAGAUGUGGAGAUGAAGCCAAGCAGGAAGUAGAACAGUGUUUUAAGUAAUCAGUUUCUUGACGUUAUUAUGUGCUACUUUUCAAGAUGAUGAUACAUGUACAGGAUCUAUUAUUAUCCAAGAUGUGGACUUGCUAUAUUACUGUGCAAGACCAGGCUCAAUAUUAGUGAGUGUAAUCCUUCAGGCCAGUGCCUUGGGUAGCCUGGACUGGACAGGUUUCAUGUAAAAUGUUUCUUAUUCUGGUAGAUUUUAACGAAACUGAAUUAAAUUAUUCGAAAUCUUGGAUAAAUCAUUUGAAAACGAUAUGAACUUUAAGUUAAUGUUCUCCAAUCCUUCUUGCCAUAACAUGUUUCUGAAUUUCCGAUUUGAAAAAAAAGUUCCCUUUUCUCUCGUUUAAAAUUAGCUUUUUGUCCAAAACCGUCCAAGACAAUUUUAGCCAAUUUAUAGAUCAAUAGAUGACUUAAGCAUGCAACUCCUUAUUGGAUGUGUUAGCUCAGGUGCCUAAUGCUGAUGGCAAUGACCCUUGUGUGUGGUUUAAUACGUCACUAAUAGUUCACUAACUGAUGCUAGGGAAUAAGUUUAUGAAACAAAAACUAGAAGGAAGGGGGAAGUUCUAUAAUUUGUGAUUUGUUUCACUCAUUUUUAUCAGUAAGCUUAAGUUUAGAUAUUUUCUGAAUAUAUGCCAUGCUAUCCCUGUCGGGAAAAGGUUACUUAAGGCAAGACAGACUUGGUUAAAAUGCUUUGCGAAAGAGCAACUGGUGGGGCCAUACAUAUGCGCACCUGGCUUAUGUUGUUAUGUUGAUAGGUCUUUGUGGUCCAAGUUAGACCAAAGCUCUCUGUGUAAAGCCCAAGUUAGACCAAAGUUCUCUUUGUAAAGUAUCCUACCGCUACAAACAAGGGUCAUUGUUAUCUGAAACUUGGCAAAUCUCUCUAGUUCUAGCAAGCUGCUGUACCCAAUGGUGUAGUGUCAUUUUUAUAUACAUAUUUUUUCCUUCCAAAUUUCUUUGCUCUCCUAUGAUAUUGAAUGUCUGUCAUUGUGCUUGACCUACUAUCAGCAUUUGAUAGCUGUUGUCCUUUCAUGGUUUUCUUCAUCCUGUAUCUAAUCAUCUUGUAAUAUUAUUGUUAAUUAUGGCAAAUAUUUUCAUUUUGAAUAAUGUGAGUGUCGAUUCUGUGAAUACAAGAAUGUGUUUCUGAUUUUGAUGUCCAAUAGUACAUUUGUAGUUACAGAAAAAAUAAAAUAUAUAUAUACAAACAU